AUGAACGAUUUACGAUAUGGUUUUCCUAUUUUACUGAGUAACUCUGUAAUUUUCGUUAAAUACAAUUCGGUUGCCCUCACCUGUGUUCUCCUUCACUACACUACUACUACUACUACUACUACUACUACUACUACUACUACUACUACUACUACUACUACUACUACUACUACUACUACUACUACCACUACUACUACUACUACUACUACUACUACUACUACUACUACCACUACUACUACCACUACUACUACUACUACUACUACUACCACUACUACUACUACUACUACCACUACUACUACUACUACUACUACUACUACCACUACUACUACCACUACUACUACUACUACUACCACUACUACUACUACUACUAAUAAUAAUAUUAAUAGUAAUAAUAAUAUGAUACAUAGUAAUAGAGUUUUGAGUUGA